CCGAUGGAUGCGAGCAGUCCGGCGAUACUACGAGUCACCUCGUUUGGUACGAGUAUUCCCUACACAGCCUCGACAGCUUGUACGUCCGUAAGUAUCACUUCGCAUGAAGUCAUCCAGUGAGUCACCAUGAGUUCUCACACCAUGCUGCUUCUCUUGGCGCAAGAUUCUACAUAACGUAUGCUUCUUCAGAAACCUACUGUAUGAACAGACCGUCAUCAACCCAAUUCGUGAACAUCCACUAGGAAGAAUCCCGAUCCGAAAGUCGUUCCUCUCAGCAUCUGAGGUUUUCUGUGCCCUACACACAUCCGACAUUGAUGCCACUAACGUGCGACACUACUACUACCACUCCAACUAUGGAAGGCGAAUUGGGUCGAAGCGGCAUCCUUGCUGCUCCACUUCGAGGGCAAACCUCCGACAAGAAUAGCGACAACACCGUCAAUCCGUCGUCUCCCACCAUCGACUACGAUUUCGAUGAAUCUCAAUGUUUGUUCUGCAACCAGACGAGCCCAGACCUGGACCAGAAUCUGUCCCACAUGUUAAAGGCCCAUGGUCUAUACGUAGACCUUACGAAUCUGUUGGUGGACGUCGGGUCCCUCCUCGCCUACUUCCAUCUCGUCAUUUCCGGGCGUUACGAGUGUCUAUACUGUGGAACGCAGCGGAGCACUCGCCAAGCGGUGCAGCAGCACAUGAUGGCGAAGGGCCAUUGCAAAUAUGACAUUUUGGACGAGGAUUCUGAGCUCAGAGACUUUUAUGAAUUCUACUCAUCGGAGACAAGAGAGGAACUACUGCAACAAAACCUGCACGGCAUGCGUUUCUCGGACGACCCUCAACUCCCAUCGCAGGUGAGACGGAGGAAACCAGGACAACCAAAGCCUUCACACAAACAUGGCCCCGACAUGACAGAUUCUCCGCUCGACCAAGCACUACCGACUCCGACGCCGACACCGCAAUCACACACUGAUACCAAUGCCGAACCAACCUCAAAUGCUGCCCAGACACCUUCUCAUUCCUUGGGCGAACUGAGCACAAGAGCGCUGAAGCAAGAAUGCACGCUCAGCAACCAACUCGCACGACUUCGUGCAGAUGACCGGAGAAGUCUUUUGCAUUUACCGGCUUCACAACAGAGGGCGUUGCUUGCAACUCACCAUAAACUGAUCGAGGAUGCCAGGAGGACAGAGCAAAUAGAGCGGACCAACUUGGAGAGUGCAGGGAACAAAGUUAACUGUCUGGGCAAAAUCAGGUUGAUACGAAAACCGCCCCAUACAGGGAAUGUCCACAGUUUGAAUAGGUAAAUCUUUUGGGCUCCAACAUUAUAAUGUACGUCCACUAUAUUUUCAAGUGGCGAAGGGCUAUUGAGACAGCGCUGCUCUAAUAAGAC